GAAACCACGAAAGCCCAUUAAGUUUAACUGUGUUGUGUCGUAAGCCCAUUUUUUCAAGAACCAACGACAUUGCCACAGAACAUUUUUUUUUUUUUUACUCGCAAGUCUCUCAAGCAAUGGCGCAGACAUUAAUGGCGACAACUCGUCCGUACGUUCUUCUCUCUUCCACAAGAGCGAGUCUUUAUCGCCUUUUUCAAUCUUCAAAGAGACCCUUCGCUUCAUUCUCAGCUCCUCUCGUGAGAUUCACUAACUCGAGAUGUGUAAGCGCCGUUUUGUCUCGUAAAGAGACUGCGCCGUCGUCGAUUUACGGCAAUAGAGUUUCUAGGGUUUCUGGGUUUGGUGCUUUGGACAUUCGCAGCCUUAAUUUCAGUACUAAAUCCUCUCAAAUCAAUGAUGCUGGUUCUAUUGAUCAAACCCUUAUGCAAUCCAUGGAGCUAAAGAUCAAAGAACAAUUGAAUGCAGAGUCGGUUACUGUAACGGAUAUGUCUGGAGAUGGACGUCAUGUCUGGUAAGUACUCUGAUUUAACUCAUUUUUGUCUUCCAAUGAUGAUUCUUUAUUACACUUGAGUGAAGUUGCAGAUGUGUGUUAUCACUGUUAUGGAUAGUGUUUAGUGAAGUUUGUUAGAUAUAUAGAUAAAUUCAUAUUUUGAGAUUCCUUUUCUUUCAUUUUAAUCACAAAAAAGUUUCAGGUUCAACAAGUAGUAGAAUCAUCAAAGUUGGGAUAUAACAUCAAUGUGGUAUCAUCGGCUUUUGAGGGACAAUCUGCAGUGAACAGACAAAGGAUGGUCUACAAAGCCAUUUGGGAAGAGCUUCAGAACGUUGUUCAUGCCGUUGAUCAAAUGACAACAAAGACUCCUUCUGAAGUUUGAAGCGUUAAAUUUUCCGAACUCUAAAAGGCUUCAAUAUCUUAUAUUAUUUGAUUAGCUGACAAUGCUGUUUGUUUUAUCAAAAAGAAAAAAGCAAAAGGAACUGAUAUACAGCUUUUGGUUAUUUUUUAAGUACUUUGAUUGGUUCUCUUGCAACCCGCCAACACAUGUUAAGUGUUGGAGCGUUUGCGGUUUGCGGUUACACGUGUUUGGCGUUUUCAAUCGCUCUAAAUGAAUAAGAACAAAAUUAGCGUUUGUGGUGGCGGAUUAUCUUCAAAAUAAACUUUAUUCUCUAC